GCAGCCCGGCAGUCGUUCGGGGUGGUUUCGGCGCAGUAGUACACCGCGAGCAUUCCACGAGCUUGUACACGCGUGCUCGCGUUCCUACUCGUCCCUCUUGACUCCGCGUCGCGUCAUUCUUUCGCGACACGUGAUGAUUCUUAUUCUCCACAUCGUCUUCACGCCGUAAAAAGAUUUGCCUUUCUUUCCUGCGAGCUUCAAUUUUCGCGUGACGUCAAAAUUUGUCGGUGGUGAGCAUUCAUGCCGAUUAGAAAACGACGUAUGGAGCGGCUCGUGCUUCGAGACUGGUUUCUCGGAGAUUCCUGUACUCAACGACGCUGACGAGACUCGUUCGGCUGUGCAUAGGAGCUGCUUGCACGUCGGCACGCAUCGCUGGAAACAACCGCGAAUGUUGUUGGCCGAACUGUGGACAAGCUGUGGAGCGUUGAUCAUCGGCAGUUCCUUUGAACGGUGAAUGCCGCUUUAAUAACCAGUCAACCACGCGAAGUAUUUCAUUAGAGGCCGGAGAUCCUGGUGGUGUUGAAGGGACAGGGACGAAGAAGGAUGGGCGUGUUGGCGUCGCGUGAUACGAAUCCACGAGUUUAGAGGAACCAGAAGCUUCCCUUUGACGCCGUUCUCUCGUCUGGCGAGAAAGGAAGUACGAUGUAGCACGAUUCCGCUACGACCAGAGGCUACGGAAAGUUUAAUAAGUGUCCGCUCGCUGUGACUACUACUUACACAUGUUCCGGUGUCAUCCCAUCGUCAACGGAGAUUUCUAUCGAUGUAACUGAGCUGUCUCCUUCAAGGAUAAAGGUUUCACCUUGAUCCAGGGAUGCAUCAGUCAAGAAGUAUCUCAUUCUCUGCCAGUUCGGUUAUCGAACGUUCGCCAGCGGCAAUAGAACGAGGGAGAUGUAGUCAGACAUCGACAUCGCUACAGUUUCAUCGACUUUGACGUAUUCCAAGUGUUUAGACUCGAUUCGAGUAGGUGUAGAUUCUAGAACGCUGAUAGAUGAAACACGAGAAUGACAAUAACGUCGAACAGAUAGAGAUAUAUCGACUAGAAUCUAGGUCGUUAAUAGAGUUACAAUGGAUACGACCGAAGAGACUACAUAAUCACAUAGACGUCUGAAGCCUGAAAACCCGUCCAGUUUUUCCACUAAAAUCAAGCAAGCGGAGUUCAAAUGUGGCUCAACGUCAAUCGUUGGUUCUCCAUCGACGUGACAGUGACUUUUGGCAGAAUUUCCAACGGGUGGGUCGUGAUGCUCGACAGAUCGGUUUACGAAUCCAUUGCCUCCUCGAAACAGUCUCGUGCAUCCUGUUCUUUCCACUCUCCGCUGCCUCGAAGUGGAAUUUAUUUCCAAUCUGUAUUUCCAGCCUGUAGAAACGCGACCGGGGUGCUAGCUACGUAUGCACGGUCCGUAGGAACACGGAACUCGAUUCGACGAAAUAACACGUGGCUAGGGAUCAGCAGCCGGGGAUCAGCCUCACCUCUCACGAGAAUAGAUCUGCGAAACGUACUCUAAUUCUUCCUUCGGCUUGACGUUCCAUUCUUCGAAGAACGUCGAUAUUCUAACGACAGACAGAAAUGGUACUUCGAUAAAAUAUAGUACUGGUAAAUAUAGGUGCAAAGACAAGUUAACACCAGACGAUACUCUCACAGUUGAAAGAACACAGUAACGACCUGAUUCGCAGUGGUUUUCGACUAAUUCAGUGGCGUGCUUAAAAAGCUUUCAGUGAGAAGACAGCGCGCACCGUUCGCGUGAAGUCAGUUGCAGCGCAAAAAGGGGGUGGAGCUGUAGAGACUAUGAUACCAGUUUGAUAACGUGGGUCAGAGACUCGGUGCACGGUCGCGAGCAGCUACGUCCGUGUCUGGCCCGGCCAGCCGUGUUCAUCCUUCUGGUAAGCAAGUCAGGUUGGUUGGACGAGAGUUCGAGGAGACUCGAAACAAGGAACGAACGAUCGAGAGAGUGGAAGAGAGAGAGAAGGCAGAAGUUGCAGACGAGGAAAGCAAGGAAUACACCAGGUCAGAGAGAAUGCAGAGAUUAUAGAGAGUCUGUACGUGUGUGUCAGGGUAAAGAAGAAGAGGGUCAACUGGUAAAGUAAGAGACAAAGAAGGAGCAAAAGGGAUUCGUAGGUGAAAAAAGAGAAGAAGAGAACAACGGACUGCAACGUGAACGUAGAAGUUAAAGAAGAGGAGGGGGUGGCGGAGGAAGAGGAAGAGGUGAGAGGACAAGCAGGCAAGUUUCCGUCUGUCCAAAGUGGAUGGGGGUGAAAAUGUUCGGAGUGUUGCUGGCAUGUGUCUGGCUGGUUGCCGGCUCCCCGUUACAUCCCUGGCCGCUAAUACCGCACAAAGCGAUCAUUCCUGGAUCGUACAUCAGACACUAUAGCGCCGUUUGGUACGACACGGCUGCUCUAAGGGAACAUCGCAGCAGAAGUCGUCGUGACACUUCAGCUUCCGGGCAUCCGGGAGACGCGACGCUGAAUCUACGUCUUCACGCUCUCGACAGGGUCUUUAAGAUGAGGCUUACGAGGGAUACGAGCUUAUUCGAUGAAAACGUGGUCUUCGAGGGAUCGAAUGGUCGACAAAUUGCAUUCGAUCCAUUGCACGCCUACAGCGGAACCCUUGAGGACGAUGAGAACUCGUCGGUACAUGGAAUCGUAACAGAAGAGGGACUGUUUGAUGGAACUAUCUUUACAGCAUCCGACGAAAUCUAUAUCGAACCAACCAGCAGAUAUGCUCCCCUCGUAUGCCAUCGACAAGAUGGCGAAGAUAAAGAUACAACAGACGCUGUACAUCACCAUACGAUCGCGUAUCGUUCCGUGGACGUGAAUGUCCCACGUAAUAAUGGGUAUCCAUGCGCCAGUGAGCUUUUGCGAGAGAACACGUUAAAUGAAUUAAGGACGAACAGGACGUGGAGUGGAUAUCUCGGGGACACAAUGCGGCCGCUUUAUCAACACCUGAACGAGGGGAACUCCCGCGCCAAGCCGGGCUUCUAUCCGAAAGACGUUAGGAAGAAAGACCCCACGGCGAGCUCGCACAAUUUAGAGUUACUCGAUAGAUUGUACAGGGAACGAUAUUCUCGAGUGCUCCGCAAAAGGACGUCCGUGGAUCCGAAGAAAACCACUUGUAUGUUGUACCUGCAAGCGGAUCACACGUUCUUCAAUCAUUAUAAAUCUGAAGAGGCCAGUAUCGAGGUGAUGACUCGGCAUGUACAGCGUGUCAACUCAAUUUAUAGAUAUACAGAUUUCAAUCAGGAUGGCCAGCCAGACAAUAUUAGCUUCAUGAUAAAACGCAUUAAAGUUCAUAGUGACGAUGCACUGAACGAUCCAAGCUACAGAUUCACUGGGACUUAUGGGGUUGAAGAAUUUCUUGAGCUGUUUUCCGAAGAGGACUAUGACGCGUUCUGUCUAUCGUACAUGUUCACGUACCGCGACUUUGAGAAGGGAACUUUGGGCUUGGCAUGGACUGGAGAUCUGAAAAAUGCUGGCGGAGUUUGCGAGAAAAACGGGCACUACAGGGGUAGCAUGAAAUCGUUGAACACCGGUAUAAUCACCCUCCUGAACUACGGCAAACACGUACCACCGACGGUUUCUCACGUCACCCUCGCACACGAGAUCGGUCACAACUUCGGAUCCCCUCACGAUCCGGACGAGUGUUCGCCCGGAGGAGAAGACGGAAAUUUCAUAAUGUUUGCUAGAGCUACCAGCGGGGACAAACGAAAUAACAAUCGCUUCAGUCCGUGCAGCUUGGUCUCCAUAAAUCCCGUUUUAAAUGCCAAGGCCCGUUCGUCCAAGGGAUGCUUCGCCGAGCCCCAAAAUGCCAUCUGCGGGAACGGCGUUGUGGAGGAUGGCGAAGAGUGUGAUUGCGGAUGGGAGGAGGACUGCAACGACCCCUGUUGCCACCCUCAACGGCUUCAUCAUGCCCUUCACGAGGUACCUUGUCGUCUUGCCGAUGGUGCAGUAUGCAGUCCCAGUCAGGGCCCUUGUUGCACAUCCGGCUGUACUCUGCGCAACGGCGAUAAGUGCAGGGACGACAACGGUUGCAGGGACGCGAGCUUUUGCGACGGCCGUGGUCCCCAGUGCCCGCCAUCCAUCAACAAGCCCAACAAGACCAUAUGCAACGAGGAAUUCGUCUGCUACAUGGGGGAAUGCACCGGCAGCAUUUGCCUGGCUUAUGGCUUGGAAUCCUGUCAGUGCAUCGCAGGGCCCGUGGAUCCCCCGACCAAAAGCUGCGAACUCUGUUGUAAAUUGCCAGGAGAGGAUCAACCGUGCCUAUCAUCGUUCGCAUGGAAUUCAGCGCCUUACGAUAUUCCUGAUAUGCUGUCGAAGCCAGGCACACCGUGCAACGAUUACAAUGGCUAUUGCGACGUCUUCCAAAGAUGUCGAGAGGUGGAUCCAAGCGGACCACUGGCAACUCUACGAAGACUUUUGUCGGACGCUACUCUAGCGAGUUUUCAACGCUGGAUGAUCAAUCGCUGGUACAUCGUUGCAGUAACCGUUGUUGUCUCGCUGUUAAUCGUGGCGCUCGUAACGUAUUCCCUGAGCAAACGACGCAACAGCCGCGUGAAAAUUCUGGCAAGCACAAGGGAUCAGCUACACGCGGUUUCCGAAGGGACGAACGCGAGCGACGAGCCGACAAGGGAGCGUUCGUCCGUGCGGAAGGUACAAUCUAUGGACAUUUCGUGGCUGAAAAGGAGGAUCGUCGAAACGAUGAAGAGCAUCGCGUCCCCGAGAAGGAAGAAGGACGCGUCCUCAGAGGCGGGCACGUUCCUCGCGCGGAUUUCUCGACUGUUGGCCAGAGAUUCGGCCGUUCGUAACUCCGAGGAGAAAUCUUCGAACGAAGCGGAACAGUUGUGUAGAAGCAACGUGGAUAAAACGAAGGAAGAAAGCAAGAAAAACGGAAGCAAACAAAAAGAUGAGAAUGAAAGAUUCAUGGUGGUAGUUUCGCCAGAGAAGGAGACCGACGUCUGGAGACGAGUCUGUCUGUUGUUCGUCGGAAGUCGCCGUAAUCGUGCAAGUUGCUCUCCAACACGAAGAAAAUCGAAUAGUGGCGAAUCGACGCGUGCACAACCUUGGAGAAAAACGGUUCAAGUCGAGAAACUGUGCACCGGUUCCAAGGUGAUCGUGAGUUCUUGUAGAAAAGGAGACAGGUAUCAAACGGAGCCUCUGGUGGCUCCUGAUACUCCGGACACUCCUGGCGAGACUUCAGAGACGAGAAGUCAGACGUCGGAUUUGACUGUGUUGCUCUCUGACAGUUAGUUUCGAAGGAGGAAGUAUCGUGAAUUCUUACCUGAGAAUCUGAGUGUUUAUUUUCGUCUGGAACGCUCAUCCGCGAGUAUUUUCGUCUGUGGCAAACAUUUAUUUCGAUUUUACAGUUGAUUCUGCUACUCCAACAAUCUUCGUGUUUUAAGUUUCCACUUUGGUUUCUCUGACGCACUGAAGCAGCUCCUGUGUAGUUUCCGAAAUUACGAACUGAAGGGUUGAGAACUGUAAGAAGAUACUUCUACAAUAAUUCUACAAGAAAUCAAAAAUGUUGAUGAGAAAUAGAUUUGAGAAACGACGUAUCUUUUUAAGUGUAAAUAUUGUACAGAAUCUUAUACCGCUAUCGUCGUAGACUACUUUUUAGAGUAAGGCCCACAAGGUUUGCGGAAUCGAAUGGAUUGUUGUAAUUCAUUUUAGUCAGAGAGCUCUUCACCUAGAAGCGGACCAAACGUAGAUGGAAGAUCGUCCAGCGCUGAACUUCGUAGACUCGUGUAUAUAAAAACAGAACGAUUGUUACUGUAUAAUAAAUCGUGCGUCACCGUUCAUUAUUAACCCGCAAUUAACUCAUCUGUGUUCCCAUCAUUCGUCGAUUAUGGAUAUUUCGUUAGCUUACGGCAUCCCUCGUUUCUUUCUCGAAACUCAAUUUAUCAUUCAAAAGCCAAGUUGAUCAGAUCUACUUCUUAUAAGUUUUUUAGUUUGUUUAUUCAUUUACGCGAUUAACGUUCAAUUUUCAAAAGACAAGCAAUGCGCUUCUAUAAAUUUCAUUAUUGCAAUGAAAUUGCAUACAUAAUUACAAAUUUCAAUGCAAAUUUUGAAAGUACUGCGUUUGGAGUCUCAUUACGCAAAUUCAUUUCUUUAUGAAUAUGAUUAAAGAAGUGAAACGAAAUUAAAGAUUCGUUUUAUCCACUAAAUAUUACAAUGAAUAUUAUAUUUUGAAUAUUUUACAUACAUGUAUUUUUGGUCUACUCGUUACUUUACUCGACUUUUCAACUUAUGAAGGUGGUUACUAUGGCUUCUGAGUGACACGUGUGUCAGACAUGCUUGACCUUUACUACUUGAAUCUAUUUCUGUUGAAUAAUACAUCGAACGUACACUAAAUCUAAGUAUGUAUCUAUUUAUUAUACGAUAAUAUCGCUUACUAAGAGGUUAUAAUUUGUUCGAUAAGAACUUCAAUGUUAAAUAUUUGACAAAUUUCUCCAAGGAUUUCGUAUCGCCAUAGCCAAUUAUUUUGAGCAUAUUAUUAUAACGUCUCUGUAUGUUUAAACGAACGUUUCCUUAUUAUAGCUGACGUUAAUUAAAAUAAUAAUACAAAAGUUGAUUAUAAUUCUUACUGUACCUCCGCUUGAAAGAAAUGUAACAUACCUAAAUAUGUAAUAAAAAAAGAGAGUGAACGUUUGGAAAAACUUUCGUGUGAAUUAGUUAAAAUAAAAAUACGUUCGACUUUACCAACAAACUGUAAACAUGAAUUCAAACGUUAUCGACGUGUGAUUGUUCUAUUAAACUUCCCAUCUGCUGGUAACUUUUUAGAGUAUCAACAUUUUUGCAAGAAAUUCCUUGCCUAGCGAUUAAAUACUCAAAAUGAAAUAUGAAAAAGUGACAGUGAGUUAGAAGAAAAGCCUGAGAAUAAUUUAGAUAAUUUAUUAAUAUUCUAAACGCGAUUAUGUCAAAGUAUAAUGUUUAUAAAAUAUCAAAAUCAAAAUUGUAGUCGAUAUUAUUGUAAAAAUCGUCUAUGUAAAGCUUGAAAUAUGAUAAUUUUAUAUGUAAAACUAUAUCUGUGAAAGCAAAAUGGAAUAAUAGCAAAGUUAUCGACUGAAAUUUACCGAGCGUAGUUUCGUUUCCAUAUCGAAGAAGUCGACCUAACCUCGGCGGGUAUAACAUAAACUGAGAAUUGAAACGAAGCGUGCCACGUAUUAAAGUGGCUUAGCAAUUUAGAAACGACAAAUAUGAAUUUCUCCAAUUUUCUUUCAAUAAUUUACAACUCUUACAUUACCUUUAUCUAUCUCCCAAUAUUUUCCAUUUUCAAACAGGUUGAAGAAGAGAUUCCAAACAACCAUUCGAAUAUCAUUUUUUUAUUAACGUUUUAUCAGUUACAAUUUUGAUUACAUACAUAUAAUGUAGAUUCUUCUUUAAACACAUGUCGCUAUAAUACAAAUGACGAGGAUAAAAAUUUGGAGUGCGUAAAAAUGUAAUUAGAUGACGAUUUUUUUUCUUUUUGUUUCUUUCUUUCAUUCUUGUUUUCUCCCUUAUUAUCCCAUUGGUCAUGGCGAUGGGCCAACUUUGAAUGUAUAUUAAUAUAAUAUACCGAGCUGGCCCAUGUCCACUAAGGGUUAAAGUUUAAUUAUUUUUUACGGUCACAUCUUUUUUUUUUUAAAUCAUUCCUAAUUCGCUACUUUGUUUCACUUUUUUUUUCUUUCCUUUAUACAGUAUAAUCGGUGCACAUCCGUCGCGCAAGACUGGUCCAGUAAUUAGCGAUUGACCGAUGCGCUGAUCAAGUGAAAAUCUCGAAUAUUGUUUACACCGACCACACAGGCACGGAUUAGCGCCAAAUUCAGAGGACAGGAUAUUUACAGAUGAACAAACGGCUUGCCCAGGCGUUCGUCCACUCGCUUCGUGGACGUUCUACUUUAUAUACACGUUCGGUGCACCUUCUUUUUCGUCUCUUCUUUUAACAUUCUUUCACCAUUCCUCGCAUCGUUCACCCCUCGAGCCUCGAUCAAUAAAUACCUAUCGAUAUAUCGAUUCUCCGGAGAAAUAAAAAUUUGCAAAAAUAAAACAGACUUAAAGCAACGAAUUAUCCUACUUUCACCCCUAACUCCAAACGUUGCUUUGUAAAACAAGAUACGGAACAAGACACAAGGAGUUCGAGUACCAUUCGAAUUGCCACUAGUGGCGAGAAUCAAAUAUGAAAAUCGAGCGUCGUGUCGGUUCAAACAUUCGAGGAACUAAUGAGAAGAAGAACGCGUAGAGGUUCGUGAGUUUAAAAAGCAAUAGGAACGGAGAAGCUCGACUUGUCUUCUGAGAGUAUUGGAAGGGAAACAAGAGGCUGGUCCUUUGAACUUGGAACAAAGAUAAGACUCAAUUUGUAUACGAGAAUAGUAGUAGUAUCUUUCUCUUCGUCUGCUUUCUUAUUUAUAUGUCGAUUGUUUUUAAAUAAUUAUGUACUUGUUACGUAUCUACCAAACUACGAAAGUAGAGAAUAAUUGUAAAAGAGUACGAAGCGAGUUUAUUUGUAACAUUUAAAUAAUUGUCUAUAUCUUAUCUCUUGAUUCAAUGCAACAAAAAUUGCACAGUAUAAUAACACUCUAUUAAAAACAAUUCGUGAUAUGAAAACACUGUUUCUGGUAAAACACAGCAAAUGUAACGAACUACAAAAUUUUAUGUGAAUUUAUAAAACAUUGAUCGUUUAGUGUUGAAACAAUCGAUGACUAAAGUAUAAAAGCUGUACGAGCAAACUAAAAGUUUAAGACGUAGUGAAGAAUUUUUAAAAUAUUUAAAUACAACGAAAUUGAUGGUAUCGUCUAUUUUUUCGUGAGUCUGUAAAAAUUUUUACGAAAAAUUGCGAAUUUCUCCAUAAUUGAGCAGAUCUGCAAAGUGGAAAUAGGAUUUAGAGAAGCAGACACUAAUCAGCUAAGAGCGUGUUCAAUCUCGUCGAUUACCUCUCCGUUUCCCAGCUCGAAUUUCAGAAGAUUCGCGAAAGGAAGAAGGAUUUUACCGUCUGCAGUUCGGCUGCUCAGUCCAAAGGCCGCAAAUAACGCUUUCGAGUAAUUUUUGUUCCUAUCCCUGAGCCAAAAUCUACUUGGGACCUUUCUGACUCAGGACCGAUGUCUUGCUUUUAUUAUCUUCCGUGUAGGUGUUGCAGUUGCCGUGGACGGAAAGGAACGAUCCUUUUUUCUGUCGAGAAAUCGUCUUCUCUUUCGGGUAAUUAACAACACGAAUGAUAAUAGUCGACAUCGUGAGUCCUGGUUCACACGAACUCUUUACAGGCUAAGGAAUCUUCCGCGAAUCUGAAGACAUCACGAAGUGUUGCGUUUCAAUGACAGGAUGUGAUUUCAACUCGAGAAACGAGAGAAUAGAUUGAAACAUCUAUUUGGAUGUUUCAUUCAUAGGAGCUCUGUCGAUAAGUGUCUUCGUAAGAUGAAUUAUAACGAAACAACGUAAUUAAAACUACGAAAGAAUACAUAGUAGACAUUUUCUCCUUUUUUUUUUUUUUUUUUUUUUUU